AUCUUAUCCCAAUUCCAGUUCCUUCUCAAUCCAUUCUGUUUUAUAUACAACUACUUUCUCCUCCCAAUCUCUUCAUCUACACAAUUCUUAUUUUUGCUACUCUUCUUCUCUCUUUCUUUAGAUUCUCUCCAUCCUUGCCAGGUCCAAGGGAAACUAAGCUACGUCCAGAAGCCAUGGCCGAUUUGCUCGAGAAGGCGAAGCAGUUCGCGGCGGAGAAGGUGGCCAACAUUCCGAUGCCGGAGGCCACCGUCAACGACCUCGAUUUCAAAGACAUCAACCGCUCCGGCGUCACCUACGCCGCCACGGUCGACGUCAAUAACCCCUACAGUGUCACGAUCCCCAUCUGCGAGAUCUCUUACGUCCUCAAAAGCUCCGGCAGGAUGAUAGCGUCGGGGACGAUUCCGGAUCCGGGAUCACUGAAGGCGAACGGCAAGACGUUGCUGGACGUGCCGGCGAAGGUCUCCCACAGCAUACUGGCGACCUUGGUGAGAGACAUAACUACAGAUUGGGACAUAGAUUAUGAACUGGAAUUGCGCCUCAUCAUUGACCUUCCGGUGGUCGGAAACUUCACCAUUCCCCUCUCCACCAAGGGCGAGGUCAAGCUGCCAACCCUCUCUGACUGGUGGAACAGUGACUCUAAAGAGUAAUUUAAUUAGAGUACUUGUCAAUGUCCAGCCGUACAAGUACCAUUCUCACCCAUCUAUUAGCUGAUGAAUACAACUUAUGCUCACUCUGUUUUAGAAUUUCGGCAUCUAAUGUGCUUUUAAAAUGGAAUAAUAGAUGUGCUUCAAAAUGAAAUAAUUGUUCAACUGGAUCUUUGAUUUGGCUGCAUGCAUGCCAGCUUCUUUGAA